UAUUUGAAUUUGGCAUAUAGACAACUAGGCAUCGGUACAAAACUAGUCCAAUGUUUAGAAGAAUGGUGCAAGAGAAAUGGCGCCGAUUAUGCUUACAUGGCGACUGAUUCCUACAACGAAGCUUCACUAAACCUGUUUACACUAAAAUGCGAUUAUAUCAGGUUCCGUAGCCUUACGAUUUUGGUCCAACCAGUUCACGCCCACAACAAGCCGUUGAUCUCAGGUGUUGUGAUCAAACAGCUCGACCCUAAACUUGCGAGCGCAGUCUAUUGCAAGACCUUGGGGGAUUCAGAGUUUUUUCCUGAGGACAUGGAUGUAAUUUUGCAUAACAAGCUUAAUUUAGGAACUUUUAUGGCCAUACCUAAGAGCUAUGUUGACUAUUGGGAUCCUAAAAUGACCAUAUUGCCACCUAGUUUUGCCAUCUUAAGCAUAUGGAACACUAAGGAGGUGUUUCGGUUUCAAGUGAAGGGCGUGUCGCCGCUAACGUACGCAGAGUGCGCAGGAAGUAGGGUGUUGGACACUUUGAUGCCUUGUUUAAGAUUACCAUCUGUACCGAACUUUUUUAAACAGUUCGGGGUUUAUUUCCUAUACGGACUUCACAUGAGAGGCUACGGUGCUUCGCGGCUCAUGAAGUCUUUGUGUGCACACGCACAUAAUAUGGCCCGGAAUGACGUAUUAUGUCGGGCCGUGGUGGCGGAAGUGGGCAAGAGGGAUCCGGUGAGAGAGGUGAUGCCGCAUUGGAGGAAAUUUUCUUGGGCCGAAGAUAUUUGGUGCAUCAAGGAGCUUGCAACCGCGAAGCAGGAUAUCAACACGAAUCGCGGACCACACGAUUGUAUUACAUCUACAUCUAAGUCGUCUCCUGUGAUCUUUGUCGACCCUCGUGACUUUUAACUUCUGAUA